UCACGCGUGACGGCCUUUUGGAGCACGCUGGACGGUCCUGUGACCACACUGUGACCGCAUAAUGUUAUCUGGGUAUUUAUCGCGAAACCCGAUAUAUAAGGUAUUAUUGUUUGUCGUUAACUAGGCGAAUAGUACGAGCGGCUGCUACGGCUGUUUUUGAGGUUACGUCCUGCUAAGUUUAUAAUAGAGAGAACGAAAACGAAAUCAAAACAGAACUGGUGAAAAUGUCGUCCUCGUCAGCAGCUCAUGCAGAGAAAGAUCUUGAUUUGUCAAAUGCAGGUCGAGGCGUUUGGCUCGUCAAAGUACCAAAAUACAUAGCCAGCAAAUGGGAAAAAGCUCCCGGCAAUAUCGAAGUCGCAAAACUUAGGAUAACGAAACAUGUCAAGCAAAAAGCAGAAGUGACGUUAAAGCUCUCAGAAGCUGUUUUAGCACUCAAGGAACCUGGGGAACAAGAUAUUCCAAAGCAACAUAAAUUAGACGUUACAACAGUUAUUCACCAAACGCUAGGAGUUUUUUCUCAUUUACCAUCACCAAAUAAUGCAGAUACUUCAGCACCAGAAGCAGACAAAUUGAGUAUGGAAGGGAAGAUCGUGCAAAAAUUAGAAUGUAGACCUCACGCUGACAACACCUACAUGAAAUUAAAACUUGAAAGUAUCAAAAAAGCUUCGAUCCCCCAAAGACAAGUACAGCAAUUACAGAGAGCAGUUCAAAACUUUAAACCUGUCUCUGAUCAUAAGCACAAUAUUGAAUAUGCUGAGAAAAAGAAAGCAGAAGGCAAGAAAAUGCGAGAUGAUAAAGCUGUUGUUCUGGAAAUGUUAUUUGCAGCAUUUGAAAAGCAUCAGUACUACAACAUUAAAGAUCUUGUAAAAAUAACAAGGCAACCUGUGGUGUAUCUGAAAGAAAUUUUGAAUGAAGUUUGCAAUUAUAACUUAAAAAAUCCUCACAGAAAUAUGUGGGAAUUGAAACCAGAAUAUAGACAUUAUAAGGAUGAAAAACCUGCAAAUGCUGAAAGUUCGAAAGAUAAUGAUUCUGAUUAGUAAUACUUGAAUUAUCUUUUUAUUAAAGUUGUAUUUAUGAAUGUGUUAAGAUUUCUUGAGAGAAAAAAUGAGUUUGUUUUUAUUAACGAGAAGUAAAUAUCAAUUUAUUUUCUACUUACAUAAAUAUUCUUUGGACAUAGCAAACAAGAAAUUAAUAAGUGUACAAAAAUAACUUCUAUUGACUACAUUAUCUACAGCAACUUUAUUGCUGUUGUGAUACAAUUUUAUAUAAUGAAUAAAGGCUAUUUUUCACUAUA